AUGGAUCAUAAAGAAGACAUCGAAUAUGUGGAGUCGCAGUCACCACCAGCGGUCGACGAUGAUCUAGGCUUCACUCCUCGGGAGCAGCGCCAUAUUAUCCAUAAAAUCGAUCGAAGACUUAUUCUGGGACUGGGUUUGCUUUUUGCAGCCAGUUUGAUUGACCGAACAAACCUGGGAAAUGCAGCAAUUGCAGGCUGUCAUGAUCUAGUGAAACUGAUCAAACAGUCCAUUAUUCUUUUGGUUUUCUUCAUCCCUUACGUCCUUGUCCAAUUCCCAAGCUCGAUUCUCGUCCGCAAGAUCGGCCCGCGCAAUUUUCUUUCGGGAAUUACUUUUGUGUGGGGUGUGGUGAUGAUGUGCUUUGGAUUUGUUCAUGACUGGAAAGUGAUGAUUGCGCUGCGCAUUAUUCUGGGAAUAUUUGAAGCAAGUCUCUUCCCUGGAGCAGUUUAUCUCCUUGCGCUUUGGUACUCAAGAUAUGACGUACACAAACGCUAUUCUUCCUUUUACCUCCUGAGUACAAUCGGUGCUUCUCUUUCUGGUGUCCUUGCCUAUGGAUUUAUGCAAAUGGCUGGCCUUGGGGGCUUGAGCGCCUGGCAAUGGAUCUUUGUGAUGGAAGGCCUUCUCACUUGUGUCAUCGCUGUAAUCGGCUAUUGGCUCCUCAUCAGCUUUCCACAGGAUGCUCACAAGGCAAGGAAUUUUUUGUCACCGAGAGAGAUCGAGUUCAUUCUCCGUCGAAUUGACAGAGAUCGGAGCGAUGCAGAUGACGAAGCCUUUUCGCUAUCUUCAUUUUUGGCGCCUGCUUUGGACCUGAAGAUCUGGGGGUUUGGACUGAUAUUCUUAUGCAGUACCGUCGUUGCCUAUGCAAUGGCUUUCUUCCAACCCAUCAUUCUAUCCCAAAAGCUCGGCUUCGGAAUUGGCGCUUCACAAGCCCUGACUACGCCGCCAUAUUUCUUUGCCGGCCUUCUGAUGUACACACAAGGAUGGGCAGGAGACAAGUGGCAUAUUCGGAGCCCGAUUAUUAUUUAUAAUGCGUUGCAAACCAUUGUCGGUUUGUGUAUCUUGGAAUGGGUUUCUGCACCUGGUGUGCAGUACUUUGGUAUCUUCCUCGUAGCAGCUGGGGCCAACUCUACCAUCCCCGCCGUGCUCGCUUGGCAGGCCAACAACAUCCGUGGCCAAUGGAAGCGGGCCUUUUGCAGCGCCAGCAUUAUUACCUUUGGAGGGAUCGGAGGUAUCAUUGGAGCUGUUGUUUAUCGGUCUCAGGAUGCACCGAACUUCUUCCCAGGAGUAAUGGCCUCCAUUGUUUGCAAUAUCAUUAUCCUUCUAGUGGCAGGGAUACUUACUGUGCAUUUCCACUUAUCAAAUCGGAAAGCCAGAAGGGGUACCUUGGCCAUUGAAGGACUGCCAGGAUUUUGCUAUACUUUAUGA